CAGGGAAGAUAUUAUUCCUCUUGUGUAACAUACAUUGACCGGGGGUGCGUAUCGGUCAAAUCCACAGGCGUCGAAUGUCACUUGGACCCUAACGCUCGGUCGUAUAUUUUGUUUAACCAAAACAUCGCACAUACUUGUCAAAGACCAUCAAUAACUACUCCAAUGUAUUAUUUUUCUCAGCUUUAUUUCUCCCAAAACAAGCACAUUUACUGAGAUAUAGAUUCCCUAUUCCUGCGCAGAGAUUUUGACUUUGCAUUCUGGAACGUACCCAGCGUCCGAACCCGGAAGUUUGGGAAUACAGCCCAAAAAGCUGUCGCUGAUACAGAAAGCUUCAACCAAGGCUCACAAGAUAGCUAACAAACUGUCGUUGUACAUGUAGCUAUCUCGCAUAUUUCUGCGGAUUCAAAAUGGAUGCGGAAACAGAGUGUUGCAAAUGUCACCUCUUGGAUUUGCCCUGGGAGGAUGUGUUGGUAACACACAUCUUCUGCUACCUGCCAAUACGCCAGCUGGUGCGGCUACAGAGAGUGAGCAAGCAGUUCUAUGCCCUCAUCCAGGUGUACCUGGCCAACUGUCGCACCUUUGACCCCACACAGAUAGGGCCUAGCCUUCCCAAGGAGGCAUUCUGCAACAUACUAAGGGACAACAAAGUCCUACAGAACUUGUCCGUCCAGAACUGCUCAGAUUGGGUGACAGACACGGAGCUGCUGCCUGUGAUUGGCCAGAACCAGCACCUGCUGAGAGUAGACAUGAGGGGGUGUGACCGGCUGACCCGUCACUCCUUAGUAGCGGUGUCGUUGAGCUGCACACACCUGCAGUACCUGGGCCUGGCCCACUGUGAAUGGGUGGACAGCCUGUCCAUACGCAGCCUGGCUGACCACUGUGGGGGCCUGAGGUCCAUCGAUCUGACCGCCUGCCGCCAGCUCAAAGACGAGGCCAUCUGCUAUUUAUCCAAGAAAUGUCUGAAGAUGAGGUCGCUGUCUGUGGCGGUCAACGCCAACAUUACAGACGUGUCUGUGGAGGAAGUGGCCAAGAACUGCAGGGAGCUGGAACAGCUGGACCUGACAGGCUGCCUGAGGGUUAGGAACGACUCCAUCAGGACUGUUGCAGAGUACUGCCCAAAGCUGCAGUCUCUGAAGGUGAACCACUGUCACAACGUGACUGAGUCCAGUCUGGACACCCUGCGGAAGAGGAACGUUGAGAUUGACGUGGAGCCACCACUACAGAGGGCACUUGUGCUGCUGCAGGAUGUGGUGGGGUUCGCUCCCUUCAUCAACCUCCAGAUCUAGGCUAAAGUACAUCUGUAUUACUCAUCCAACCAACUGAAAACAGGUAGGCUAGCUAGGCUAAAUGACAUCUGUAUUCCUCAUCCAACCAACUGGAAACAGGUAGGCUAGCUAGGCUAAAGGACAUCUGUAUUCCUCAUCCAACCAACUGGAAACAGGUAGGCUAGCUAGGCUAAAGUACAUCUGUAUUACUCAUCCAACCAACUGAAAACAGGUAGGCUAGCUAGGCUAAAGUACAUCUGUAUUACUCAUCCAACCAACUGGAAACAGGUAGGCUAGCUAGGCUAAAGUACAUCUGUAUUACUCAUCCAACCAACUGAAAACAGGUAGGCUAGCUAGGCUAAAUGACAUCUGUAUUCCUCAUCCAACCAACUGGAAACAGGUUUUCCUCCACUAGGAGAAUGACCUGUUUCAAUUGAAACACACCCUGUGUAUGCUGGGACAUCAACUAAGCAAUUCAAGGACAAACAAAAACGGAUGUAUAUGGGAAAUAUAUUGUGAAACUUGUCUCUUUAUUUAUUACAGUGAUGUUGCAGAUUUAUAAUUACGCACUUAGGAAAAGACUGAAGGAAGCCGUGCACAUUUCAGUAACGCUGUCACGAGUCCAAAAGAUUCCUGCAGUAUUUAUUUGCAUCUCAUCACACACUAACAACACUUUAGAUGGUCUUGUGAUCUAGAGCUUUAAAAAAAAAAAAAAGGACAAUUCCAACCAAAGGAGAAGCCGUAACUAUAAGAGCAUAUUGUUGAGUUUUUGUGUGUUUAUUGACAUGUUACUCUGCUAAAUGUAUGAUACAUACCAUACACCUCUAAAUGUCUCAUACAGAUUAGCUAGGUCAACUUUUAUAUAUUAGCUAGGUAAAUGUUUUAUAUUCGGUAAAUAAACGUUUUAUAUUGUG